AUGAGGUGGCUCGUCCUCUUCCUCUCCGUCUUUUCCUCCAUAACACUUCGUGCUCCUGUGGCCAUUGCAUCUGCCUCCAUCGCGAGAACCAUCGUCGUCGACCUCAAGGGCGGUGGCAAUUUCAAGAGCAUUCAGCAGGCGAUCGACUCCGUCCCUGACAACAACAACAAUUGGACGAAGAUUCACGUCGCUUCUGGCGUCUACAGGGAGAAGGUGAACGUGAGGAACACCAAGAGUUACAUCGUGCUGGAAGGAGAUGGAGCUCAGACGACGUCCAUCGAGUGGGGAGACUACAACGGCGACUCCAGUGGCCAUGACACUGAAACCAGUGCAACCUUCACGUCAUAUGCCUCCAACUUUGUUGCCAAGAGGAUAACCUUCAAGAAUACGUACAAUGGAUUCGCCAAAUUGACCCCCGCUGUGGCCGCUUGGAUUUUUGGAGACAAGUCUGCCUUCUACUAUUGCAGCUUCAUUGGGUUUCAAGACACUCUCGCUGAUACGCUUGGAAGACACUACUUCAAGGGUUGCUACAUCGAAGGUGUGACCGACUUCAUCUUCGGAUAUGGCCAAUCUAUUUACGAGAUUGAAAUAUGUUGGAUAUGUGACGGCUCAAGGGCGAAACACUACUCGAGGGUGAUAUUUUACCAGACCUUCAUGUCGGACAUCAUUGUUCCAGCAGGAUGGUAUAUUUGGAAUUCUAAAGGUUACGAAGGCGUUGUAACGUUUGCUGAAUCGGGAUGCAUAGGACCAGGAUCAGACCUCUCAGGUAGAGUGAAGUGGGAGAAGCAGGUGAGUAAUUAUGAGCUGAAGAAGUUCAUUGAUAUUUCAUAUAUUGAUGGGGAAGGAUGGCUCGAGGCACAGCCUCCACUUGAUUAG